GCAUCUUCUUGAGUGUCUCUUACAGUUUCCGAUCUAUCAAAAUCACAGAAUCUGUUUCAAGAAGCUUCUUAGGUCUCGUAGGUUAAGUUAUAAUGGGAGUGUCAAAGAAGAAAUCAGGUGAGAUUAGAGGAGAUUUAAUCCCAGGAUUACCAGAGGAAUUAGCAAUUGAGUGUUUGGUUAGAGUUCCUUUUGAGUUUCAUUCUUCCAUGAACUCUGUUUGCCGAUCAUGGAAAUGCGUUAUCUCCAGUCGUUCUUUUAUCAAGGAACGGAUAAGUUUUGGUAAAGCUGAAUCUCUACUCUGUCUUGUUCAACCUCUGACUUCACCACCAUCUCCGGUGAUGAUUGACGGUGGUGAGAUCAGUGAGAAGAAGAAAGUGGAAGAAGAAGGCGAGUCUCAGAUGACGCAGCAGCCGCGUGUUACUGGAACGCCACUUUACGGUUUGAGCGUUUAUAACGCAACGCUGGACACGUGGCACCGAGUCGCGAUUCCUGAACGGAUUCCUUUGUUCUGCGAGUGCGUUGCGAUUCAGGACGCGGGGAAACUGUUGUUAAUCGGCGGUUGGGAUCCGGAGACGUUGCAGCCUGUGAGAGAUGUGUAUGUUUUGGAUUUCUUCGCCGGAGAAGGAAGCGGACGGAGGUGGAGACGAGGGAAGCCGAUGUCGGCGGCGAGAUCGUUUUUUGCUUGCGCUUCUGUUGGUACGACGAAGGUUUACGUCGCCGGAGGUCAUGAUGAUCAGAAGAACGCUCUCCGAUCGGCGGAGGUGUACGAUGUGGAGAAAGAUGAGUGGUCGACGAUUCCUCCGAUGACGGAAGGAAGAGACGAGUGUCACGGAUUCUCGAUGGCGACGGAUUUUGGAUUUUGUGUGUUGAGUGGUUACGGAACGGAGACGCAGGGCCAAUUUCGAUCUGACGGCGAGAUUUACGAUCCGAUUACGAAUUCAUGGUCGACAAUCGAAAAUGUAUGGCCGUUUCCUGAUUUAAGUCCGAGAGGUCGCACCGCCGCGGCUGCUGAUGAAUCCGCCGGAGAUUUUAGAGGUUGUCGGUUGUGGUGUUUUAUUGAUAGCGAGAGACAGAGUCAGCCUCGUUGGGAAAUUGAGGACGAUUCGAUGAAAUGGAAGGUAGUUGUGGAGACGAUUCGGCUUCCGGUGACGACGAUGACAUCGGUUUUCGCAGGAAGCUUGAGUGGCCAGGCUGUGGCAAUGAUUGGCGGUGGUGGUGAAGAAAGUGGGACGAUGAUGAUGAAGACGACGGCGGAGAAAAAUGGCGGGAAGUGGAGCCACGUCAACACUCCCUCUGGUUUUUCGAGUCUUCCUUUCUCGUGUUCUUCAAUCUACGUUUGAAGAUUCCAACUUGAAGAAUCAUGAAUCUCUGUUGUAGAAUACUUUGACUUAAGUCAACGUUAAUACUUAAAUAGUUAAUACAAAAAUUAAGGGAAA